CGACAUGAUCUGCUCGGGUAACUACAGUUAAGUCGUCUAGGUCACGUGACAACUUAUUCCGGUUCUACUUCCUGUUGUCAAUUCAUUUCUUAAUUAUUUCUUUUUGCUCUAACGUUUCACUUAACUGUUUUUGCAACAAGUCAGGAGUGAAUUGUAUAUGGAGGCACGCAUUUUCGCGGGCUAAACGCACCCUGAGUGUCAAACUGAGUCGGAAACAAACAGGUCAGCUAAGGCAAUUUGUCAGCUAACUAAUGCUAACCUAGUUGCUAAUAUUAGCUAGUAGCUAUCGUAUUUACCCUAUUUUACACAGUCUAUGUAUUUACCUAGAAUGACAGCUGUGCCACGGAUGUCUUUUUAGAUUUAGCUUUUGUCCAUCAGCUUCAACCGGUGAGCUUCACAUCGAUAAAACCCCCCAGCAGCUAUUCAGUGUGCGAGCUAGCACCAUGGCCAAUCUGCUGUCAAUGCAAUGCGCUGUCUCUCUGAGGAAAUCUGGAAGCCUCGUUAGUUUAAGAGCUGCGGCUCUGGGCAUCGACAAGCGAAACUACAGCAGCCAAAAAGGGUCUUCAACCGAGUAUUUGCACCAAAGUGUUGUACCAUCGAUGCAUUACCAGAAGAGUUUACCCAGGCUACCCAUACCAAAACUGGAGGAUACUAUCAAGAAGUAUUUGGCUGCCCAGAGGCCUCUGUUGGAUGAUGACCAGUUCAGAACAACAGAGAAACGUGCGCAUGAUUUCCAGAAUGGUGUGGGGAAACAGCUGCAUGAAGAACUGGUUGCUCAGGACAAAAACAAUAAGCACACAAGCUACAUCUCAGGACCAUGGUUUGACAUGUAUCUUUCUGCACGCGACUCUGUGGUGCUGAACUUCAACCCCUUCAUGUCCUUCAAUCCUGACCCUAAAACAGAGUACAAUGACCAGCUUGUGCGGGCGACCAAUAUGGUGUGUUCAGCAGUACGCUUCAUGAAAACCCUGCGAGCUGGAUUACUGGAGCCAGAGGUUUUCCACCUCAACCCGGCAAAGAGUAACACAGACGGCUUCAAAAAGUUCAUCCGCUGGGUCCCGUCUUCACUGUCUUGGUAUGGAGCUUACAUGGUGAAUGCUUACCCCCUGGACAUGUCUCAGUACUUUCGCCUCUUUAACUCAACUCGGAUUCCCAAGCGUGGGCGAGAUGAGCUCUUCACUGAUGAGAAAGGUCGACAUCUCCUAGUUAUGAGGAAAGGCAACAUGUAUGUGUUUGACAUUGUAGACAGGGAUGGGAAUUUGACGAAGCCUGCAGAGAUCCAGUCCCACUUGAAGUACAUUUUGGCCGACCCAACGCCAGCGCCUGCCUAUCCUCUCGGGGUCCUGACCAGUGAGAACAGGGAUGUGUGGGCCGGGCUGAGGGACAAGCUGAUAGCUGCCGGAAACGCAGAGGAUUUACGGAUUGUUGACAGCGCCCUUUUCUCUCUCUGUCUGGACGAUGAAAGCAUGAGGGACCAUAUUCACAUCUCCCACAACAUGCUGCACGGCAACGGCUGCAACCGGUGGUACGACAAGUCCUUCAGCAUCAUUCUGACCAAAGACGGACAGGCAGCCAUCAAUUUUGAGCACUCCUGGGGCGACGGCGUAGCUGUGCUCCGCUUUCAGAACGAGAUCUUCAAAGACACAACCGAGCAGCCGCUGGUACACCCGGGCUCUGCCGCCGCCGCCGCUGUGGAUUCAGCCUCAGCUGUGCGCAGACUGCAGUUCAACCUGGACAGCGAGCUGGAGAAUGGCAUCAAACAAGCCAAGGAGAACUUUGAUUCAGCUGUAUCGAAACUCACCAUUGAUGCCAUGGAGUUCAAGAAAGGCGGGAAGGAACAAUUAAAGAAGAGCAAGUUGAGUCCCGAUGCUAUAGCCCAGCUGGCUUUUCAAAUGGGCUUCCUGAGGCAGUAUGGGCAGACAGUCGCCACUUACGAGUCGUGUAGCACUGCGGCGUUCAAGCAUGGCCGCACAGAGACCAUCCGGCCAGCCACCAUACACACAAAACAAUGCUCACAUGCCUUUGUUUUCCAGCCAAGCCAACACAGUGUGGAGCAGCUACAGGCCAUGCUCAACGCAUGCUCUAAAUAUCAUGGACAGCUCACCAAGGAAGCAGCCAUGGGCCAAGGUUUUGACCGUCACCUGUUUGCCCUGCGAUACCUGGCGAAUUCGAAGGGCCAAGCUCUGCACAGCCUGUACGCAGACCCAGCUUACGCUGCCAUCAACCACAACAUCCUCUCCACCAGCACCCUCACCAGUCCAGCUGUGAACCUCGGAGGCUUUGCCCCGGUGGUGCCUGAUGGGUUUGGUGUCGGCUAUGGUGUCCAUGACGACUGGAUCGGCUGCAACGUGUCCAGCUACCCGGCUCGCAACGUCCACGAAUUCCUGCAAUGUGUUCACAAGUCUUUAGAGGACAUUUUCACGGUCCUGGAAGGAAAGCCGCUCAGCUAAGAAACAGCAUAGAGAAAAAAAAACUAAUAAUUAAUAAGUAAUUUUACAGGGUGAGUGCAGUCAUCAUUCUCAGCUCCCAAACUGCUGUGAUUAACUUCUCUGGGCAAACAUGCACAAAGUGAGAUGAAUAAUAUAUUUAAUACCACUCAAAAGAAACAAGGAGAAUCGCAGUGCAUAAAUAUCAUGUUUUAGGAAUUAAAUGGUUGGUAUAGGUUGGGACUUUAAAUGAUUUAUUUGACAGGCUUUGGAUAUUAUUGUAGGUAUAACAUGACACCUUGUCAGUUUGAGUGUCAUAAAAUUUAAUGUAUAAUGAAAAUCUAAUGCUGGAAAAAUUGUUAGCUUUCCACUUUAACCAAUUCAAUCCACUGGCUUUCCAAGACAGCCAUGUCCAUUCUGACAGCAGUGUACUGUAGCCUAAUGUGAAGUGUUAGCUGUGUACAUAAUACAGUGACAGCUAAAAUUCAGAGUGCUGGUCAUAUUAUUUAUGCAGUAGGGCUUUUCAGAUGUAGAACUUCUCUGCAAUACAGGUUAGAGUAUGAAGUCAGAUUCUGUGCCUUCUCAAAAUGUGAAUUUAACAGCAUUUUGAUUGUCACUGUAAUAACUUCUAUUUAAAGUGUCAUCACUGUUUGUCAUUUACAGCCUUAUUGAUGUGGUUGAAUGUAUUUUGAAAUAAAACUUAAUUACAUUUGCUCCA